AUGGAAAAGAACUCCCCUCAAACCGGCUCUUCUUACGGCACUAAUAAUGCCCAUUCCCUCACCAACUCGGGUCCUUUGUCCAUCGCCUGCUACUGUUUUGCGUCGAUCUUGAUGACCGUCACUAACAAGUUCGUGCUUGCAAAGGACUUUGACUACAGUUUCUUACUUUUGGCCGUCCAGGGCAUGACGUGUACUGCCAUCAUUGCUACCUUGAAGGCUUUGAACAUCAUCACCUACCGUCCAUUCAACAAGGAUGAGGCCAAGAAGUGGAUGCCUAUCGUUCUCUUGCUUGUGGCGAUGAUCUACACUGGCUCCAGAGCUUUGAGAGGCUUGUCUAUCCCUGUUUACACCAUCUUCAAGAACUUGACCAUUAUCUUGAUCGCCUACGGUGAGGUCUUGUGGUUCGGUGGAAAGGUUACUCACAUGGUUUUGGGUUCUUUCCUCUUGAUGGUCUUCUCCUCCGUCUUGGCUUGUUACGGUGACUCCUCCGCUACCAAGACCGCUGAGGAUGCCGCUACAAUGUACGCCGGCUACUUCUGGAUGUUUGCCAACUGCUUCGCCAGUGCCGCUUUCGUCUUGACCAUGAGAAUCAGAAUCAAGUUGACCAACUUCAAGGAUUUCGACACCACCUACUACAACAACUUGUUGUCCAUCCCCAUUUUGCUCGUGGCCACUUUUCUCUUGGAGGACUGGUCCCCAGAGACUGUGAACAAGAACUUCCCACCUGAGACCAGAAACGCCACAAUCACCGCCAUGAUCCUUUCUGGUGCUUCUACUGUUGCCAUUUCUUACUGUUCUGCCUGGUGUGUUAGAGUGACAUCUUCCACCACCUAUUCCAUGGUCGGCGCUUUAAACAAGUUGCCAAUUGCAUUGUCUGGUUUGGUUUUCUUUGACGCAGCCGUUAACUUCUGGUCGGUUUCUUCGAUCUUUGUCGGCUUUGUGUCUGGUUUGGUGUACGCGGUUGCCAAGCAGAAGCAGCAGAAGGAAAGUGCUCAGCAAUUGCCUACUUCCUCCAAGUAA